AUGGGCGACCCUGUUCCAGCAUUGAGCAGCGCCGCCCCCCCCCUUGGCAAAGGAAAUCGGAGGGGUCGCCAGGGCUCGGAAAGCUCGUCCUCGAGCACCGACCCUAUUGAAAGUCUCGUUGAUCCUGAGACGCUGGCCAAUGGAGAAGGCCAGCUGAUUGGACCCGCCGCCGCCCGUGAACUUGACAAGAAAAAUAAGAAACACGAGGAAGUGGAGAAGGACGAUAAAGGCAGCUUAAACAUCAAGAUUCAUCUGGACCUGCAUGCCAAAGUGAAGUUGGAUUUAGAGGCUGACCUGUACGGAGAUAUUGUGAUUGGGCUAUUGUGA